AAGUUUCAUGUGUUCAUAUCUCAACUUACUUUGCAGGAACACCAGUGCAAAUUCCUCAAGCAUGGGUCCAUCCAUCCCAGCCUGGAUCACUGACAACAACUCAACAAUUAAUAGAAGUUACUACACUGAAAGAUUACACUGUGUCACCAUUUACAAAGUCUUCAGUAUUCUUUCUGUCAUCAUUUGCAUGGUUGGGCUGGCAGGAAAUGCCAUAGUACUGUGGCUUCUGGGCUUCCAUGUGCACAGGAAUGCCUUCUCUGUCUAUGUCCUCAACCUUGCUAGGGCUGACUUCUACCUUUGCUUACAGACUGUGUUUUUCAUGGAAUCAGUUCUUCGUAUGUUCAAUGUCAGAAACUUUUAUCUUCCAUACUAUCUCUGUAAUAUAACAGUCAUUCCUUACCUUGCAGGUUUAUGUAUGAUUGCAGCCAUCAGUGUUGAGAGAUGCCUGUCUGUUUUGUGGCCCAUCUGGUAUCAAUGCCAACGACCAUGGCACAUGUCAUCUGUACUGUGUGCACUGUUCUGGGCCUUUUCUCUACUGUUAAGCUUCCUAUUAUGGAUUGGUUGCAGUUUACCGCUGAGACAUUAUGGAUAUUCUUUCUGUGAGAAUGCUGCUUUUACCAUUGUUGUACUUAUAAUUGUACUAUCCAUAGUUCCUUGUGGAUUCAACCUGGCCCUGUUGGUCAGCAUCUUCUGUGGCUCACAGAGGAUUCCUGUGACCAGGUUGUAUGUGACAAUUGCAGUCACAGUGCUGGUCUUCUUACUCUUUGGUCUGCCCUUCGGUAUCUAUUGGAUACUUCUCCUUUUGAAUGAGACAUUGCCUACAGUUUUCUCUUGCAAUAGCUACGAAAUUACAGCUUUCCUAUCCUGUGUUAACAGCUGCAACCCCAUCAUUUACUUCCUUGUUGGCUCCAUUAGGCAUUGCAGGUUCCAGAGGCAGACUCUGAAGAUGCUUCUGCAGAAAGCCAUGCAGGACACUCCUGAGGAAGAAGAUCGAGAAACUGGUUCUUCAGGAAAUGCUAGACAGCACGAAACAGCCUUGUGUAGUAGUUGA